UAAUAGCUCUGUAAGUAGGAGCGAUCAGGAAACGUAUACAGCCUUUGUUCGCUAAACCACACUACACAUUAGAGAUGUGGCGUGUUGGUUUGCUAUUGGUACUGGUCGCUCAAAUGCAGACUGAGGGGAAGAUCGAAAGUCAAGAAGAUAAUGGAGAGUCAGGUGACAAGGAUGUUGGUAUGGACUAUACUGGCUCAAGAAAUUAUACGCAGAAAGACGGAGAUGACCAAAUCGACGAGAGUGAGGAACGCAUAGGAGCUGCAGUCACACAAGUAGUCCGGCAUCCUUACGCUGCUUCCCUACUCAAGAAUGAUAGCUAUGUGUGCAGUGCAAUCAUACUUAAUACCCACUGGAUGUUAACACUGUCUAAAUGCUUUGAAUCGAACGUCAUAUCAUCGUAUGUAACUUAUAGAUACCUCGGCAAUUACACAAUUAGAAUUGGCAGCUCUUACAAUAACAAAGGCGGCUCAAUCUUAAAGAUUAAAAUGCUUAUAAAUAACUUCGAUCUGAAAGUGUCAGCCGCCAAAUUACAAGCGCCGGUCAAGUUUACUUCUCAGAUCCAAUCUGUGCUUUUACCGAAACCAGAUGAAGAAGCGGCUUUGGGUUACCUAGCUUCUAUGAUCGCUUGGACACCUACUGGGCAUAUAAGGGUGGUAAACGCACCAAUCAUUGAUUCGUCUAUAUGCGAGUCGUCAACAAAAUUAGAGCCAGGGCGAUACAUAUGUGUGGGUGGCGUGCAGGAUCCUAAUCGUCAUUUCUGUAGAAAGGACAAUGGCGGUGCGGUUAUACAGAACAACACAUUGAUCGCUAUAUCAUCGUUCUUACACACAUGCGCUCUCUACACAAAAACGCAUGCCUUCCCAAAAGUGUCCAGUUUUUCACGAUGGCUGGACAGCGUUAUAUGGGACGAAGAUAACCGUCCCACGACUAUAGCAACAUCUACUAGUGCAGAUAUCACUAAAACUACCCAACUAAAUACAUCGGAAUCUACCAAAAGCAGCAUGUUCGUUGACCCAAGAAAGUUUAUGCUCACCCUUCCAUUCGACCCUAUAAAUGUUCCACUCGAACCAGCAGAAGACAAUUCAGUUAUCCCCCGAAUGAGCUUAUACGAAUCAUAUCUGCAGAAUUUAGCGAAAGCGAAGACAUCUACAACUGCCGACCCAAAUGAGGUGGAUGAAAAGAAAAAUUGGCUUGAGAUGUUUGGAAAGUCUAUUUUGAUGGUGCCACCUCAAAUGCUAAGAAAAAAAUACGACACAUAUAACUAUAAAUAAAAACUAUUGGCAAUUA